AUGGACAUCGCCAUCCAGCACCCCUGGUUCAGGCGCGCCCUGGGCCCCUUCCACCCCAGCCGGCUCUUCGACCAGUUUUUCGGCGAGGGCCUCUUCGAGUGCGACCUGCUGCCCUUCCUGUCCUCCACCGUCAGCCCCUACUACCGCCAGUCCCUGUUCCGCACCGUGCUGGACUCUGGCAUCUCUGAGCUCAUGACCCAUAUGUGGUUUGUAAUGCACCAACCACAGGCUGGAAGCCCCAAGAGCAACCCCACCAAGGCAAGUUCGAUGGCUGACGUCCGAUCCGACCGGGACAAGUUUGCCAUCUUCCUGGACGUGAAGCACUUCUCGCCGGAGGACCUCACCGUGAAGGUGCAGGAGGACUUCGUGGAGAUCCACGGCAAGCACAGCGAGAGGCAGGACGAUCAUGGCUACAUCUCCCGCGAGUUCCACCGCCGCUACCGCCUGCCUUCCAGCGUGGACCAGUCGGCUCUCUCCUGCUCCCUGUCUGCUGACGGCAUGCUGACCUUCUCCGGCCCCAAGGUCGCAUCUGGGGGGGACGCCGGCCACAGCGACCGCGCCAUCCCCGUGUCGCGGGAGGAGAAACCCGGUGCUGCCCCCUCGUCCUGAGCUGGGCCUCCCGUCGGCUGCCACCUGCUGCUGCCCCUGCGACCAUCCAUCGGGGGAACCCUAGAAAGGGGGCAUUUGUCUUCCUUCUCUUUCCUCUUUCUCGUUUCCUUCUCCUCUUCUCCGAGGGAAUGAGGGUUUGAGAGCGUAGGUCGAGGUGCUGCGACUUCAGGGUGACCCAGACCCCAACACCGGCCAGUUGGUGGGAGUGACAGCCAUCCCAGCCUCGCUAGACAACUGCCCGUCCUCCUGGAGGACGCAGGCCCGCCGUGGCUGACCGAGAGGCCAGAGAACAGCCCUGCCGCGCCAUCCGGUGCCUCCCAGCCAGCGCAUCUGUCCGUGGCAGCAGCACCAGCGUCGGGGCCGGGCUGUGGGCCUGCCCCCGUGUCCCCGGCCCCCGAGGGCCGUCCCUUGGAGACCUGCGUGCCUGGCCCCCAGCAGCCCGCGUCUCUCAGACCGCCCUCCCUCCUCCUUCCUCUCUGCAGUCCGCUCCUGGGCGUCCGGCCGCCCCUGACA